AUGGAGGACAGCAAAAAGAAAGGAUUAAUAGAAGGCGCUAUUCUCGAUAUAAUAAACGGUUCCGUUGCAGGUGCCUGUGGUAAAGUGAUCGAGUUUCCUUUCGAUACUGUGAAGGUCAGGUUACAAACUCAAGCAUCCAAUGUGUUUCCAACGACAUGGUCUUGUAUAAAAUUCACUUACCAAAAUGAAGGUAUAGCGCGAGGAUUUUUUCAAGGCAUUGCAUCGCCUUUAGUUGGAGCAUCUCUAGAGAACGCCACAUUAUUUGUGUCAUAUAACCAAUGUUCUAAACUUUUAGAAAAGCACACAAAUGUUUCCCCAUUAGGGCAAAUUUUGAUCUCUGGCGGAGUAGCAGGUUCAUGUGCAAGUUUGGUAUUGACACCCGUAGAGUUGGUGAAGUGUAAGUUACAGGUUGCAAACCUACAAGCUGCAUCCGCCAAAGUGAAGCAUACAAAGGUGUUGCCUACAAUAAAGGCAAUUAUAAGCGAGAGAGGCUUGGCGGGAUUGUGGCAAGGGCAAUCGGGCACUUUUAUUCGAGAGAGUUUCGGUGGUGUCGCCUGGUUUGCAACCUAUGAAAUAGUCAAGAAGUCGUUGAAAGAUAGGCAUGCCUUUGAUGACCCAAAAAGAGACGAAAAUAAAAUAUGGGAGCUACUUGUUAGUGGAGGGAGCGCUGGUUUGGCGUUUAACGCUAGUAUUUUCCCUGCAGAUACUGUUAAGUCAGUAAUGCAAACGGAGCAUAUAAGCCUUACCAAUGCGAUGAAGAAGAUUUUCGGCAAGUUUGGACUAAAGGGGUUUUAUCGGGGCUUGGGUAUAACUCUCUUUAGGGCUGUACCAGCAAACGCUGCAGUUUUUUACAUCUUUGAAACUCUUUCAGCACUCUAA